AUGGAUAUAACCCGAUAUAACCCGAAAUACUUGUUUGUUCUUAUUUUAUACCCACUCCCACUGGAUUUUCUUGGAUUUCUUGAAUUUCCUGUGGAUUUAUACUUUUCUUUUAUUUUCUAUUUAUUUUCUAAAUUUUACUCCCCUGUAAUGGGAAGAAGACCCGGAAGAUGCUACAGAUACAUAAAGAACAAGCCAUACCCAAAAUCAAGAUUCUGCCGUGGAGUCCCAGACUCAAAAGUAUCAAAAUAUGAUACUGGUAAGAGAAAGGCAACUGUCCUUGAACUGCCAAUAUGCACGAAUUUAGUGUCCCUUGAGAGAGAGCAAAUAUCAGCAGAAGCCUUAGAGGCAUCCAGAAUUGCACUGAACAAGUACUUGUCCACCCAUUUGGAGAAGGACGCAUUCCACUUUAGAUUGAAGGUGCACACACACCACGUCGUAAGAAUUAAUAAAAUGUUGAGCUGUGCUGGUGCCGAUAGAUUACAGACGGGAAUGAGAGGGUCCUUUGGAAAGCCAAAUGGAAGAACUGCCAGAGUCAACAUUGGGCAGGUCCUUAUUUCCGUAAGGAGUAAAGAAGGCACUGAGGAGAAGGUAAGAGAAGGUCUUAGAAGAGCAAUGCACAAGUUCGCUGGUAAGCAGGAGAUAGUCGUCACUGACAAGUACGGAUUCACUCCAUACACCACUGAAGAGUUCAACAGGCUCAAGGAGGAAGGAUCACUCCUCCCCAUGGGAAUUGGUGCAAUGGAACUUAAGAAGAAGGGGCCCCUCAUGGAGUACAUCAGAAAGGCAUCGAUGGUGCUAUAAAUAAAGCUGCUCGG